UAAAAAAAGAAUAGAAGAAGCAAAUUAAUUUCAAGAAACAAAUUUAAAAAAAAAUUCAAUUAGAGAGAUAUGGCAAGCAUGACGUCUGCUCUUAGUAGAGUUAUUUUUAGUGGAGCAUUCAGAACUUUCCAGCGGACAACAAAUCGUCACCUAGCCACGGCGUUUAAAGAUGAGGCUCAAAACUCAGUACGAAAGGGUGCUGAUGCAAUGAAGCAAGGGGCUGAUGCCGCCAAGAGAGCCAGCCAAGAAGUUAAAAGCGAGACUGCUUCUGCUGCUGACGAGGCAAUACGCAAGACGAAAGCAAUGGGAGAUAAGGUAGCAGACACAGCACAAGAGGUGGCUGGAAAGGCAAAGCAAACAUGGGAUUCAGUUAAGGAAACCACACAAAAAAUGAAAGAUACAGUGAAGGGAAAGGCUGAAGAAUCCACAGAGGUUAUAAAGGAAAAUGUCAAUAAGAGCAUGAACAGCAAGAACUGAGUUAAAGCAUAACAUUUCAAUGAAUAGAGACAUUAUCUCUUCCUUAUAAUAUUUUUUUCCUUUAUGUUUGACAAUAUUAAGACUUGUUUUUUUCUUUAAUUUUCAGUUAGCUGAAACCGCAGACCGAAGAGUUUGCGAGUUUGAUGUAUUUUCUGUAGUUGCAGAUAUAUGACUCCUUUAUGCUGUUACCUCGAGUAAAUUUAUAAUGUAGCUCCCUCCGGUCCAUAAUAAGUGACCAAUUUAUUGUUUUA